GUCUCCAGUGGAGUGGGUCAUUCAGUACAAGAAAGGCUGACGCAACUCAGCACCAAAUCUAUCUAGAAGGUCUCCACCAUAAGACAAAGCAAAGAAUUGUGUGUGUUUUCUUUGUAAAGCGCUUACUGAUGGCCAGAUCUGCCAACACACAGAGAGCGAGCGACGUGUUCAUUAAGAUUUGACGAGGUUUGGCUUUUGGGUGGACGUGUGGACGCGGUCUGUAUGCAUUAGCUGUUAAGAUCUGUAACGCGAGGGAAGGAAUUGAGAAACCAUACUGAGUGGUAUUCAUAGACCCUCAAUGCCUGGUAUUGAGAUUUGGAAGCUGAAUAUAGCAGUGUAAGCAUUCAAAGUGGACCGUGGAUAUCCAUCUUCUGAAAUCUCAAUAAAAGUGGAGCCAAGAUAAAAGCAGCUGAACACUUCAAUCCUUGAGUAUUCAAGGUGUCUGGAUUAGUCAGCGAAGAGAAUUUCAUUACAACCACAGCUCGAGAGAGACAGAGGGCAGCAGUGACUGGGCAGAAUUGAACUGGACAGAAGUUCAUGAAGAGCGUGCUGUGAAAGCUCUGAACAAUUCAUUCAGAUCAUGGUUGACAAAAGCUCUGAAGCCAUGCUGGUGAACAAGAGCCCACGGGGCUAUUUUGAAGAAGAGCAGAAUGGUGCUAUUCCAGGUGAGAUGGUGAAGAAAGAUGAAAACUUGAAGCGUGGGAACUGGUCCAAUCAGAUAGAAUUCAUCCUGACUAGUGUUGGAUAUGCUGUAGGUCUUGGAAAUGUCUGGAGGUUCCCUUACCUGUGUUACCGAAAUGGUGGAGGUGCAUUUAUGUUUCCCUAUAUCAUCAUGCUGGUCUUCUGCGGUAUUCCUCUUUUUUUUCUGGAGCUUUCCUUUGGGCAGUUCACCAGCCAAGGCUGCCUUGGUGUGUGGAGGGUUAACCCUAUGUUCAAAGGAGUGGGGUAUGGGAUGAUGGUUGUUUCCACAUACAUUGGGAUCUACUACAAUGUGGUCAUUUGCAUCGCCUUCUACUACUUCUUCUCCUCCAUGACUACACUUUUGCCAUGGACAUACUGCACUAACUCUUGGAACAAGGAAGAUUGCAGUAGCAUGCUGAACCCCAACAGAACUGCCAACAUCAGUGAUCUGUCACGAAACAUCUCAACAUUGCUGAACCAAACUGCAAAGCGGACCAGUCCUAGUGAGGAGUACUGGAAUUAUUACGUGCUGAAGAUAUCCGAUGGCAUUGGAAAUUUUGGAGAGGUUCGCUUGCCAUUGCUGGGCUGCCUUGUUGUGGCCUGGGUUGUGGUCUUCCUCUGCCUCAUUAAAGGGGUCAAGUCUUCAGGAAAAGUGGUGUACUUCACAGCAACAUUCCCAUAUGUUGUGCUGACAAUUCUGUUUAUCCGUGGAAUCACUCUGGAUGGAGCUGUCAAUGGCAUCAAGUACUAUCUCACGCCUCAGUGGGACAAGAUUUUAGAUGCAAAGGUCUGGGGGGAUGCUGCUUCCCAAAUUUUCUACUCCCUGGGAUGUGCCUGGGGUGGCCUGAUAACCAUGGCGUCUUACAACAAGUUCCACAAUAACUGCUACAGGGACAGUAUCAUUAUCAGUGUUACCAACUGUGCCACCAGUGUUUAUGCUGGGUUUGUCAUCUUCUCUAUUCUUGGAUUCAUGGCUGCACAUUUGGGGGUCAACGUGUCAGAAGUAGCAGACCAUGGUCCCGGACUGGCCUUUGUAGCCUACCCAGAAGCAUUGACGUUACUGCCAAUCUCACCUUUCUGGUCCCUUCUCUUUUUCUUCAUGUUGAUCCUGCUGGGCUUGGGCACGCAGUUCUGUCUGUUGGAAACAUUGGUCACUGCUGUCGUUGAUGAAAUUGGCAGUGACUGGAUCCGUAGGCAAAAAUCCUUUGUGACUCUGGCAGUUGCCAUUAUUGGCUUUCUUCUGGGAAUCCCACUGACUACCCAAGCUGGCAUUUACUGGCUCCUCCUCAUGGACAACUAUGCAGCCAGUUUCUCACUUGUUGUGAUUUCCUGCAUUAUGUGUAUUGCCAUCAUGUACAUCUAUGGGCAUGAAAACUAUUUCAAGGAUGUUCAGAUGAUGCUUGGUUUUCCGCCUCCAAUCUUCUUCCAAGUCUGCUGGCGUUUUGUGUCACCCAGCAUUAUUUUUUUCAUACUGGUGUUCACUGUGGUCCAGUAUAAACCCAUCAGUUACAAUGACUACAUCUAUCCAUCCUGGGCUAUCACACUCGGUAUCUUGAUGGCACUCUCCUCAGUAAUCUGCAUCCCAUUUUAUGCCAUUUGGAAGAUAUGCAUGUCAGAAGGCUCCACAUUUUGGGAGCGUGUGAAAAAUGCAAAUAAACCAAGCAAGGACUGGGGACCUACUUUAUUGGAGCACCGUACUGACCGAUACGCAACAGUGGGCAGCCCAUCCUAUGAGUUCAACCUUGAAAUUCAACAACUGAAUCCAGAUAAAGAGCGAGAGAAGGAGCAACUACCAACAGAAAAUAUAGAACAUAACCUCACCAUACAGGGCAGCAAUGGUUCUGCCAGAACACAGGAGCCUAAUGUGUAGUCAAAGUCCUUUAAAUCAAAGAAGACACUUAAUUGGGUUUGUGGGGUGGGGGUUGGUUGGGAAAUAGAGCCUUUACUUCUGGCGAAAGGUUCUUUCCCUUUAAUUUCUUAUCUGAUCUAUGGAAUUUGACAAGUAGUCAACACAACUUAAUUGAUUUUUUUCAGGUAUGUGUGUUUUCUUUUUUCUUUUCAUUUUUUUUUAUAGUUAUCAAUAGAAUCUCAUAACUUAAUAUUUAAACCUGAUUUUUUUCAGAAAUCAGUUAUUUUUGGUGUCAUUUUGUGGAAUGCAGUACUUUGUGUACAUACUAUUUGUACGUUAGUACAACUGAUAGUUGGUCAAAAAAUUUCCCAGUCACAAUAUAGCUUUUAGUUCUCUGGCUGUCUUAUUUCUUUUGAACAUCUGUUUGUGCCUAUCUACCCCACACUAUAGCACUGCGUUUUACCAACAUCAAGUUUUAUAUCACAAUAGUUAUUAAAUAAUAGAAAAGAUGAAAGGACGAUUAGUGAAAGAAGCUGAAGAUAAUGCCCAUUUUAUAGGAAAUUUGUGACUGCACAUUUUAAAGUGACCAACUGUUUACCGAGCCAAACUAUCUUGGAGAUACAAAUUACUCUGAUCACUGUAUGUGGUAGCUUUGUACCUUUUUUGCCUGCAUUUCUAAUGUUUUGAUAUAUCUAUAUAUAUAUAUAUAUAUAUAUAUCUAUAUAUUAAGCAGUAUCACCAUAUUAAGCAGUUUCCAUGAUAGCUUUUACAGAAGACACAGAUAACAAGGUAUUUUACAUGUAUUUAGGUCAGUUUUUCUGAAUCCUAAACCAUUUGUACAGCUGCAGCUUUUGGAGACAAUAGAUAAUUGAAUGUUUUUUAUCCAUCCACAAAAAGUGGCCUGUCACUGAAAUAGUUCUUCUUGUUUGUAAUGGUGACUUGACCAUCAGUACCAUGCUCAGAUGCGCUCUACAUUAUCAGUACCACUACAGAAGAGAGUCAAUGCAAGUAAACCAACGAUACAGUGUGCAUGUCCAACACAGUGUCAGAGAUGCAUGCAUAUUUGAUCAUUUUGAUAUUUCAAAUGCUCACUUUUCCAAAUCUAUUGGUACAACCCUGUGACAUACUUUAACCUAUUGUUUACCUGAUAUGCACUGUUUGAGUGGUGAUUAACCAACACAACAGUUGUUAUCAAAGUUUUGCAUGGACUUGAAGAAAGAGGCAAUGAUGUGUUAAUGAAAAGUUUGACAAAGAGACUGGGGCUGAUAAUGCAUUCUUGGCACAUUAAACGCUGGCCAUAUCUUGAGGAGCUGCAAGCUGAUUAGGCCCCACAAUACAAAGCCAGUUCAUUUAAUUAUCUAGACAGCACUUCUAGCCCAUAGCACAUUUCAUGCAGGAAGGACACUGACAUUCUAGAGAUGGGUUAUUGGGUGGCAGUAGUUGUUAAAAAGCUGUAAUUGCCGUUCAAAAGUUGUCCAAUUCUUUUUUCUUGAAAAUCUAUUUUGGAAAACAAAAGCUAAUUAGAUGUUAGGAGUCAUGGUACAGGAAAUCCUGGAGCAAAGAGGGACCCAAUGCAAAAGUGACAACCAGUCAGAAAUGGCAACUUGCCAAUCUUUUUUAACCUAGGUUCCUUUAAAUACCUUUUUAAAACUGGUACUAAAAGUAUCUGAAGCACAGGUCCACUGCUUCUCUUGCAUUAUGGAUCUAUAACAGUGCUGGAGAUGGAGGGGGUCUGGGGGUGGGUGGGGGAGUUAGGAAAACUAGAAAUGCUGCAGAAACUUUUACCUACCAACUGUAUUAGAAUACUUUCAGAAAAUAAACUUCCCUGAGAGUAAAAAACUCUGUUUAAAAACAAUGUGAGUGAUUGUCAACUACCACUCACCUAUUUAUAAUUGUUUGGGCACCUUACACACCCCUUUUGACACCUGAAGUGUGUCUGAUUCAACUUUCAGAAGACCUUUAAAUGGACACCCACAUGCUUGUCCAAAUAACUGCCAGGAGGCAGUACAUGCAACUUGAAGUAUUCUGCCUGUUAUAGGAUCCCAAUUGCCAGUUUUAUGGGCUCACUUUCAACUCUGCAUCCAUUAUAGGCCAGAGUUAAAACGUGCACACGGUAAUUUAAAAUAAUACAGAACAAAAGGGAGAAGAUGUUCAUAAACCUGCAGGGCUCAGUGUAAGGAUAGAACAGCACAAGCAGAUGAUAUUUCCUUUGCUGCUUUGAAACUUGUAUUUUCCCACAAACCAAGUUGUAACAAAAUGGGUCACCUCAUUAUUUAGAGCCAAAGGUGGCUCUUUAAAACCCAUGUACAGUUGCGUUGAUGUGUCAAAUUAUGUGUUAAGUGCUUAAAUUGUACAGUGUGCAUUCCAGUCCUAACCUAACAAAUCCAGAAUGGGUUUAUGCCAAGAAAUGACGUGCUUGGAUCCAAAUUUUGAUCGGAUUGGGAAUUUCCAUAUAAUGGAAAGAAAUGAGAAUGUUCCAUUAGGAUUCAGUUUCUGGAACAGAAUUAUGUUUAAAUCGGAAUGCUUGCAUGAUGGGAAUGGUCAUGAUGGGAUUCUGUGCCUGGCUGUGAUACACAUUUAUGUAGAUUCCAUUGCAUUUGCUUGAUAAUGUGAAAUCUUGAUUACAUGGAAAUAUGUAAUAUAACAGAGUAGAUAUUGCCAUUAUGAAGCUGCAGAUUAAUUUGCUUCUUUCCCUGUUCUCCUUUCUAUCCCUUUCCCUUUUUCAUUCUGUCCUAAAGUCACUCACAUCAUCCAAGUUUGUUCUUUUAUACUUUUCAACAUGGGAUUUAAUCUAGGCCAGGCAAUUGACUUAUCAGCCCAUAUCAAUCAAUAACGUGCAUAUAUUGAUUCCAGUUGAGGGUAAUAGUAACCUCAGAGUCAGAGGUUAUAGUUUCUGGUCCUGCUCCAGAGAUUUAAGCAUAAAAUCUAGGCUGAUGCUCCAUUGCAGUACUGAAGGAAUGCUGCAUUGUUGAAGGUGCCGUCUUUUGGAUAGGACGUUAAAUUAAGACCCGUCUUCCUUUCAGGUGGACGUAAAAGAUCCCAUGGCACUAUUUUGGAAAAGAGCAGGGAUUUCAAUUCAGUUUUCUGGCCAUCAUUGUACUUCAAAAGUAUUUUGUUGGUUGUAAGGCACUUUGGGACGUCCUGAGGCCACGAAAAGCGCCAUAUAUAUGCAAGUCAUUCUUCUUUGAUCUAGAAGAGACCUGAAGAGUGUACAAUUAGACUCUCACCUGUCAAGCCAAUAUAACAUAGGUUUCAUGCCUUCAGGCCAUACAACAUAUUCAAUCACGUUUAUAACCCAAGGGAGAACAGUUUACAAAUACAACCAAAAAAAUUAAUCAAUAUGUGUUCUAUUAUAUCUCGAACUACAUAUACUAGCCCUUAACUCAUAUUGAGAAAAUUGUAGCCUGCAAUUCACUGACCUUUAUUAGCAAACGGUAGGGAGAAGUAUUUUCUCACGUGGUUCCAUUGAUCGCACUUUAUGUUUAAAUUUAAGGAAGCUAGAUCAAGGUGGUUUAAGUCUAUAUGGUUCCUGACACAGUGACUCUAAAUUAUUAUAACAUCGAUAUGUUAUUAAUUAAUUAGUAUUAACACUCAAUGACAAACCGUGGCUUAUGAAAAUUUUUUAUCUGUCAGAUAACUAAGCAAAAUGUGCGGGAUGAUUAAGGUUAAUUCAGUAAGGGUUGACUGGUAUGAAUUUGGUUUGAUAAGGAAAUAUUUAGUCACUAACAGCUCAAUAAAUUUUGACAUUUAUGUCAGUUGCAUGUUUGCUUCAUUCCUGCAGCAGUGAAAGUAAUAGCCAACCAAACCCCAGCAAACAUAACUUUCACCAGUGCCAAUGCUGCUCCAUUCAUAGAUAUCAGAACUUAAGAUUCUCUAAUCUGCUAUUUUAAUGCCAGCAGUUAAACAUUUUAAAAUUAAAUAUAUUAGUUUUACUGGGUUACCACUUGCAUUAAAAUAACACUGAAUGGAAAAUUCAGGUUCAUGUCUCCGGUUAUUAUAUGUUCGAAAUGUUUACACAUACAUUCAGAAUGACAUCUCUCCCUAGAUGAUGUUUGCACUGCUGCAGACCUUGGGCUGUUCAAACCUAGAAAACAUCACAGCAACACCACAUGACUCCUUCCAUGACACACAGCAGAGCAGAUUAAAGGGUCACACGGGUGUCAUAAUAUAUCCAUGUUUUACACCGCAUUGAUACGUCUUGAUUUGGUGAGGGGGCGCAGGGAUGGUUAUAUAACGAUGUUCACUCUUCAGUGAAGUUCACUCAAGCACACACCUUUAUAGUUGAAGCAAUGAUCUGGAUUGAAUCAUGUUCCUGGUUCACUUAAAUGUUCUCAUUACUCUCUGUUCAGUUUGUUUUCUGUGCAUGCACUUCCUCUAUCUCUUUCUCACAGUUGCCAAUCCUUUCAACCUUCUACCUAUUUAUAGCUGUAAAUAUGUAGAUUUGUAAUCUAUCAAGUGUUCCAUCGUACCUAGCAAAUGUCCAUUUCUUUCGCCUUUUCUGAAUGGCGCAUUCAUGUUUUCAUUCAGCAAAGGUUAUUGGAAAAGACCUUUGUAACCUGUGCCUCCUUCCUACCUCUGACUUUGAUCUAUAUAAAACACUCAUGCUGUAUUUAAUGUACAAUUUAAGUUGAGCACCGCCUUGCUUUCCUGUUUAGAUGUAUGUGCUGAAAAACAAAGGAAGUUUUUACUUUCCAAUGUGCCAAUAGCUCAAAAUGAGAACUAUAAUUGUGUACACAGUAUUUUCUUGAUAGUGUAUAUUGUUUCAAGUGACUGUAAUCUGUAGUCUUAUAUGAACAGUUUACUUGAUUCUUUCAGUGUUUAGGAGAAGAGAGAAAUAUAUAUUAAAGAAGCUA